AGGUUGGGUGCAGCAAUUUUAAUCUUUGUAUUUUAUACCUUUAUCUCGCGUUGUACAUAGUCACGUGGUUUAAUUACCUUAAAGAUUAAGUGAUAUUUGGAUUGGAUUUGACUAGUGUUUAAAUUGUUUCAUUUUUAAUUAACUUUUCAAAUUAUCUAUAUGCCUGUGAGUAAAAGAGUAAACAUUAAUAUAUGUUAUAUAUUUAGAUACACACGUUUUCCUGUUUACACAGAAUAAUAAAAUGGCGACAGGUUCACUGUCUACUGUUGCUAAACGUUCGCGGAUGUUUGCAGACUUUUGUUGCACAUCGUGUAAAGAUCAGAAUCAUGAGAUAUCUGCAGAUACUUAUUGCGAGACAUGUUUGAGCUUUUAUUGUAAAAACUGCGUUUACCAUCAUAAUAAGAUUCAUACAAAGCAUAUAACAUAUGGAAGGGAAGAUAUAAGGAAAUGGCCGGUUUCGGAGGAAGUGGAGGAUUUUGUCAGGAAGUGUGAAGUUCAUAAGGAUUUUACGCUCACACAGUUUUGUCAUGACCAUACUCAGCUGUGCUGCUCUAAUUGUGUUGUAACGAAUCACAGCCAAUGCAAUAAAGUGAAUAACAUUACUGAGCUGAGUAAAACCCUGUCAACGGACCUACAGGAGCUGUCAGUGAGGCUUGAAACUCUUAUGGAAGAAAUCAAGAGCCUAUUGAGCAGACAUAAGGCCAGUGUUCAGUCAUUAAACAGAACAUACAGGGAACAUAUGGAUUUCGUGAUAGAACGAAUAAGUGUCAAUAUAAAUACUACUUUAGAUGAACAUGAAAAUAGUAAUGUGAGUACGUCUGAUACAAAUGAGCAAUACAUAAAAGAAGAAAUGUGUUUGAGUGUACUCAAUAUCGUGAAUAAAUUUGAUAAUUCAACUGGGAAGGUAUUGGACGAAAUGAAAGAUGAAGUUAUUAGCAUAAACAGUUCCAUAACAAAUUCUAUUCCUAACUGCACCCGUCUUCUAAACACAUUAACACAAGUAUCUGAAUGUAUUCAGACGAUUGGAGACUGUAAGGAACUCUGCUUUAUAACCAGCAUGAAAUGUAAGUAUAUAAUACAGCAGGCGUUUACUGUGCUAGGGAAGUCAGACCAGAGGUUAACUUUACAGGGAGAGUUUAAUCGCAAUGUGAGCAUACGAAGUGAUUCGCAAACAUCCGGUAUCUCAGGGAUGUGUGUUCUUCCUGAUGGGCUGAUCCUGAUUGCAGAUUCCGUAACUAAGACAGUCAGGUUGCUUAACCAACAGUACGAGGUGGUUAGUCACUGUGAUGUGAUUUCUUGUCCAGGGGUCAUAUGCCAAAUCACACCCAGUAAGGCAGCAGUGGCUCUGAUUGGUCAUACAGUUUGGGUUCAGUUUAUCACAGUCACCGAAAGGCAGAUUGUGCCAAGCAGAACAUUUCAGUUAGAACAUACGUGUACAGGUAUUGCGCAUCACCAAGGAGACUUGUUCAUCAGCUCUGGUUUUGAACUGUACAAGUACGCACUUAGUGGUAGACAGAUGUGCAGACUCUACGAGGAUCCACUUGGUGAACUGACAGACAAGUGUGCAGUGAGUCCCUCAGGGGACAAGCUGUACAUAAUCAGUUGCUCCAAGAACACGCUCCUCACCCUGGCCAGGGAUGGGAACACUCUGGCUAAAUACACUGAUCAAGAACUUCUUCAUCCACUUGAUUUACAUGUUACCCCAGCGGGUCAGGUUCUGGUAUGUGGAUGGCGGUCCCAAACUAUCUUACAAGUGGACUGUAAGGGGGAGCGUAAGCUGGCCACAUUUGCUCAAAAUGUAUGGGACGCAUGGGGCCCACAGGCAGUAUGCUACAGCAGCACAGCUUCCUGCAUCAUUGUGGCACAAGGAGUGUUUAACAUCCUGGUUUACAGAGUGAAAUAGUAUGAAAAUAUACAUAUAAGUUUGUGUUAUUACUGAUAAACAUUUAGCGACAAUAUAUCGUAAAACUUAAAAACAAUGCUAAGUGUUACAAUACACCAUUGUGUGUGAAUUUGGAAAAAAGUGUAUUCAUGUUGUUAUUUGCUUAUGCCAUGUAAAGAUUUUCUUUGAAAAUUUUAAACUUCUGUAAUAUGUUAUUAUAAUUAUUAUUUCAGUAUUGUCUUUCAACUAACACGUUGUCGUUUCGGUAAAUGAAAGAAAACAAACACUUCAAAUGAACUCUUUACGCCAUGUUUAGACUUUGAUCUGUCGUUGUACGAAAUGUUUGAAGAUGUGUAAAGAUGCAUACUUUUUAUCAAAUAUAAAAUAGUUUAAGUGAUGAUAAGAAUACGAAAUACAGAAGUUAACACAUUA